AUGGCUGGCAGAUUCGAGCCCAAGGUCCCCGUCCAGUUGAAUCCGCCCAAGAAUGACCCCAUCUCCGUAGAGGAGCUGGCAAAGGCAACCGUCUUUGCAGGAAAAGAUGCGUCAAGGGCCCUCGGCAAGACGUCUACCAAGCCAGAAGAUGUCAAGGCUGAGUGGCAUGACUUGGAGGAUAAGGAGAAAGAGACGCUCAAUGACUGGAUCAUUUUCUUCUCCAAGCGCUAUAAUGUCGUCGGUGUCGUCGAGGGAGCUGAAAAUAUGGAAUAG